AAUUCCGUUUAUAGAUUUAGUUUUUGUUUAUUUAUAUUUACUUUGUUAUUCUAACCUCAACUCCUAUAUUGACAAUAGUUUCAUAGUUAGCUUUUUUAUAAUUAAAUAUUGCUUUUCAAGAUUAUAAUAAUAAAUAUCUUAUAGGUACUAGGUUUAUACUUACAUCGAAGUUUUUACAUUGCGGAAUUCCGAUGAGCAGUGUUUGACGCGAAAAAUUUGCCUAGCAUAACGGCGUCAAUUCUGGGCAAAUUAUCAGUACUCGCUUUUAUAAAUCCUGGUUCCAUGGCGAUAUAUUUCUUGUCGUUCAAUAUAUAACUAUGAACAACUGUAUCAGCACGAGAUAAAAUGAUAAAAUCGAAAAAUAGUUUGUUCUUCUAUGAAAACGUCAACAACAACGAUGAUGUUUGGCAAAGAGUGACGUCACGUUUUCUGAUUGGUGUUCACUGUCACGUGACUUGACGCCCAUUUUUUUAGAAUUUAUUUUCUAAAAAUAAGAAUAAUCUUUAAUUUUUAUGAUAAAUUGAUCUAUUUUAUCAUAUCUGCAAAUCAUAAUUCAUAUUUAAAAACUUCAAUCCAUGCGAUUUAUUCUUAGUGGUCACAAGCCUAUUGCCGAAACACAUGAUUGACAACAAUUGGCGACCGAAGGAAUUUUAUAAUCUGCAACAACACAUUAUUAGAAACAUUUCAACAUGGAUUCCAAGACAAAAGAACGUGAGCAAAUCAGAAGACAAUUUACAAGGACAUCAGAAAAACUCGAAGACUAAACUCGAAGGAAAAGCUAUCUCACACGCAAGUAUAGCUUAAUCCAAUCGAGAUUUACUAAGGAAGCAACUACAUCAAAUCUAAAUUUACCGAAAAUUGAGUUAAUAAAAUUUGAUGAUGAUCCACGCAAUUGGAUUGCGUUCUGGGGUCAGUUUAAGAAGAUACAUGAAUCGCACACAUUGCAACCUGAAGACAAAUUCCAAUACCUGCUAAGGGCUGAAGGAGGGCUCCAAGGCAAAAAUGUUAGUCAGCAGCUUUCCAUCAUCAGCAACCAACUACAUAAAAGCAAUUGAAGAAUUGAAGGAUAGGUUUGCAAAAGAAGAGGUACUGAUACAAGUUUACAUUUUAAGUUCGAAAACCUUUACAUUUGACUUGUUAACGUUAUAUAACAAAUUGUCUACUUAUUUAUUGGCCUUAGAUUAUUUAAAUGUAACGAAAGAUAAAUUUUGGCCUAAAUUUCUAAAUUGCUGGCCUAUAUCAAAUUUAAUACAGGCAAAACCAAAUGAAGAAAUUGUAAGAGAAAAAGAAAAAUUUAAACAUGUCUGUUACUGAACCUCUGUUUAGUGAGAGGUUGUUGUAUUUUUCAAAAUACUACAAAAUAGUAAGAUUGGUAGCAUGGUUACUUCGUUGGAAUCCUAAGGUAAGGAGACAAUUUGCCGUAGCUUUGUCUAAUGACGAGUGUUCGUAUGCGGAAAAAACAUUAUUUAAAUUGUUACAGAAGGAGGAUUUCGCCUCCUUCUGUAACAAAUUGGGACAUUUACCAAACAACUUAAAGACACGGCAAGGCAGCGAAGGUGUACUUAGAGUCAAGACAAGACUGGAAUUAAGUCACGAACACAAAGAUUUCGUAAACCCGAUACUGUUAUCUGGAAAAAACGCAAUUGUGAGACGGUUCGUACGACAGCGACACGAGAUUGUACAACACGUAGGGACACAGAUUUUAAUGUCUAGCAUCAGAAAUGAAUUCUGAGUUAUUAUGUAGGAUAAUGUUAAGAUCUAAGUUUGUUAAAUAUUAUCACAAAAAUGUACUUAUUAUAUUUACUUAAACAUUUUACAUUAUCAAAACUAUAAUAGGAUUGUUAACUACGGUUCAACUAGUGCAACCGGUCUGUGGAGUGUUUAAGAAUGGUGUGGAGGGUAAGCAUACAAAAAUAUAAAUCAUGCUACUUCGGUGUCACACCGUCAUACGGUAUGGUAGAUAGGGUUUAUGAAUUUCGACGUUAUUGUAACAGACCGUCGGGCCUAGUGGUAAAGCGUCCGCUUCCAGUGUACGAAGUCGUAGGUUCGAUUCCCAGCGAGGCAAAAGUCUUUUUGUAUUUUUAAAUUUCUUGAGUGCGAAUCCAAAGUUAACCAUUUUAGUUUUUAAGUAAUUGUACGCGACGUAUGAAGGCAUUCGACCAUUUCUUGUGUUUGAGGUCAAACCUGUGUCAACUGCAAUUACUGGUCAUUCAAACAUACCGACAUAGAUUGUGGAAUUCAUUGUGGAUUUGUGGAAUUUAUCCUGGCAAUUUUUAUUUAUAUUUAUUAUUACUUACAUUCAGUGUGGUGCUACAAAAAGGGGUGAGUCCAUAAGUCAUAGAAAGGGAGGAUAGUUAAUAGACAAACUUUAGUAUUUUGCCUCAGUGACUAAUCCGUACAAUUUUAUUGUUGUAGCCUACCGAUACGCCCUUUUUGAUGGGCGAGACCUAGAGAAUAAUUUCAUCAUAACCAUUAUUCAUCAUAACCAUCCAUAGCCCUGAGCUGCUAGCCGGUGGCAAGGUUUUGGCAGAGUUCCAUCAACGUUGGCAGAUAAAAACUCUCCUGGCGUCCAAACAUUAGAUUAAGUUUAGUUUUAGUUUUUUUCUUUUUGUUUUUAUUUAGCUUGGCUCACAUGUAUUCUUUUAUUUAAAUUAGUUAUUAAACGUACCAUAUCAUUGAUAGUGUUUUAUCAUUACCUCAACCCAUAACAGAGUUUUAGGCAUAAGACGUCUCGCAAAAAGAGUUGUAUCAGAAUGUGUCAUCUGCAAGAAGUACAAAUAUAAUCAUUAUCAAGUUCCAGAGGCACCCCUGGAAAGUGUAAUGGCCUUACAAACUACAGUAAGUUUCAAAAGAGCAAAUCUAAGCUUUAGGGAGGCUGAGGCAGAACUUGAUCUAAUGUGUAUAUAUAAUAAUAGACAAUGAAGAUAAUAGACACCACACAAAAAAAAAGGAAAAAAGGGAAUGAAGAUAGUAACACCGAUAAUGAUUUUAUGAAAAUGGCAAAUGAAUGUUUAAAUCUUAGUAUCUUAUUUUUUUGUAUUUUUUUAUGUAAUAGGAGCAAACGGACCACUUGCCAUUGUCUUGACAUAAAGUUAUAAUAAAGUAAAUGUAAUUUUAAUUUCAGACUGAUGUAUCUAAUCAAUACCGCAAUAAUCUCCGCAGUAAUAAAUGAGCGAAACGAGGUACAGGGGUAGUCAAAUAUAGUAAUAUUUGACAGAAGAUGCUGAAAGAGUGCAGUUUUCGAUCCCGGAAAUACCAGUAAAAAACAAGUAAUGUGGAAUCUAAAUUAGACAGCCUCACAGAAAAAAAUAACUCAUUAUCAGAAAAUAAUUAUAAUUAUAGUUAAAAAAAAUGAGCUAUAUUUAUUUGCAUAAAACUCAACAAGAUAUUCUACUUUCCCUAUCCCAUAAUACACAAUUUGAAGAAUUGAUUAAAAAAGUGUACAAGUAAAUGAAUGUGAUGUCGGUUUUAAACGUACAUCAGAUCAAGAAAGCUUUGAUAAUUUCGAAGAAAUGCUAAAAGAUAAAUAUAUAAUAAAAAAGAUGUAUGCAAUUUGUGGAAUGCAUAGAGGAAAAGGCAUUAAUAACGCGUAUGCACUAGUUGAUGUGUUAUUUGACCGGCCAUUUUUGCAACAAUGGUCCUGGGCUGGUAGGUCACGAACUGAUUCUUCCAAAAUUUGUUUUAAAAGUCGUAUUAAUACACUUAAUUUAUUUUUUUCUAUAAUAAAGCGGAUGAAAAUUUUACAUUCACUGAGACAAAAUAAUUUUUCAAUCUUAUUUUAUACGAAACUCACGACAAAGAAUUGAAAGUCAACAAGAACGCAAGUCGGUGACUAAAUCUACAUAGACAGCGAAAGGGCAAACCUGCACCAAGAGAAAACGAUCUUUUGACCCAGCUAGAAGCAAUAGUCGACCUGAAAAACCAAGUACUAAAAACUGACAGCGCUUCCAUCCCUAUUAAACAAAACCAUAUGGGAUAUACAAUACAAUUACCAUCACGAUUGGAAUCUAGAGUUCAAAUCCCUACAGACCUGCAUACAGGUGAAGGUAUUGUGCACUCAUGAAAUGUAUAAAUGGUUACGCUACAACGGUUAUCCAAAAUACAUUAGAUGAAGAAUUUAAUCUGAAAAUUCACUAUACUUUUAGUGUGAGAUAUAUCACAUAAACAAUCAAACUGAUAUUGAUGUAGAUGAAAUUUUGCGACAGAACAAUGUGAUACAGGAAUCACACUCUCCAUGGAGUUCGCCCGUACAUUUGGUACCGAAAAAGUUAGACGCAUCUGGCGAACGCAAAUACAGAAUGUUAAUAGACUUCAGACGAUUAAACGAGAUUACAAUAGACGAUAAAUACCCAUUGCCAAACCCUGUCUGAUGUUCGGCAAUUUACUGAGAGAAGCUGUUAUGAUCUGGCAAAAGAGUUAAGGAAUAAAAGAGUAGCUAAAAAGAAAAGGAUGUUCGAAUAUGAAAGCAGCUAUCAACCUAUAUAGUCUGAUUAUGUCCGGAAGGAGAUUCGAGCAAAUAUUGCAAUGCCUUUGUAUUUCAGAGCUAAAUACUAAAGGUAUGGAUAAAAUACAAUAAUAUGCAACAAAAGUGCUUGCAAACUUUCAUAAAAAUUAUCGCCCUGACAUUGUCAGGGCAUUGACAUUGACAUUGUCAGGCUGACAAACAAUUGUCACUCGAUAUGAGUCCUUGUUGGCUUUCCGAGGGAUUGUCUUUCGGGACCUUUCUUUUCUUUUCACUACGCUUUUCACAACGCUGUUUUGAGAAUGCUCAAAAAAAAGACGCGUCCUUCGCAGCCACUUGUUUUGUUUUUUUAUAGUUUAGUUAUCGAUAAUAAACCUAAUUACUGUCCAUAACGAUGGCAACAAUUAAGAAACAUAUCUUUACUCCCCUCGAGAAGAAAACUUUUUUGGAUAUAUUGAAAAGAUACUCGGUGAAAGAGAAUAAGGAUACCGAUGGCGCUUCAUAACGCGCAAAAAAUGAAGCUUGGGAUAUUGUAACUAGAGAAUACAACGCAAGCCCUCAUGCCACUAAUCAGGUUACAAAUUAACAACUUAGGAGAUUGUGGAUGAACCUCAAGCAGCGGCAAAGGGAAGCACUGACAAAAGAACGUCAACAUCGUCUAGCUACUGGAGGGGGGCCUGCAACCAGUGAUGCAGUUGUAGACCCAGAUGUGUCUGAGGUGGCCCCUGCUCUAAUAGUUGGUAUUGAUGAUGCUGUUGACUCUGAUACAAUUCCAGAUACUGCAACUGAUGCCAAAAGAGGGGAUAUGGCAUGAUAUAAAAAAUGGAAUAUUGUUAAUUUAGUAAAUUAAAGCAUAUAAGUCAAUAAAUUUUCACAAAUAAAGUACUGUUCAUAAAGACAAUUGAUAAUAAUUUUCAACAAUUGAAUUUCUAAUUAAAAAUUAGUGCUAGUACUUGGUAUUAAACUAUUUGUUUCUUCUUUUUGGGGCUAUGGAAAUACGGACUUGACUGGACAUGCAGUGAAGGAGUGGGCUGAAACAAAUGAAUUUAGCCUGAUUCAUAAUUCUAAAUUAUCGGCCUCUUUUAACAGCGGCCCGUGGAGAAGAGGAUACAAUCCAGACUUAAUCUUUGUCACAUCUUCUCUCAGCUCCCAGUGUAUCAAAAGCGUGUGUCCACCCACUCCCCGCACUCAGCACAGACCUAUAAUGUGCGUGAUAUAACCCUAUGUCCGACCUCUUGAUGUUCCAUUCAGACGACGAUUCAACUUCGCCAAAGGAGACUGGCAUCUAUUCGCGCACUCCAUUCUUAAAGUCCCACCUGUCCUAGGGAACUACGAUCGUUUCGUAGAAAUUGUAUCGACUGUUUCUCUACACUGUAUUCCCAGGGGUUGCAGGACCUCUUACAUUCCAGGACUAUCGACGGAUACUAGCGAAUUAUUAAGGCAACACGAGUCGCUGUAAAACUCGGACCCUUUCUCACUUGAGUCCACCUUAGUAGGCGAAAAGUUGAUGGCUAAUAUAGGUGAAAAGCGAAGAGAAAAGUGGACCAAUACCGUUACUAGUGUCGAUAUGACGUACAAUAGAAAAAUGCAUCCGCAAACUCACCAGCGAGACUCCUCAACCCUCUUCGCCCAGCCUAUUUCACAGCCAACCAAAUUGCUCACCAACUUCUUUUGAAUGGAAAACCACCGGGUCGCCUCGGUAGGAUUUUGUUAUUUUCUGGUUAUCGCAUGUUGUCUUAUCUAAUUGUACCUGUGCAUCUACUUGCUGGUUUGUUGGGAUCUUUAGUUGCUAUUGUUCUUUCGAGGAUGGGUUAUCUCUAUAGUGGUGUACUUGUUCACGUUCAUUUUUCAUAAACCCAGUUUGCUGGGUUUUUCUAUGAUUUUCCUUGGUGUACCGUCUGUAUUCUUAAUUUGGGGCGAGUUUGAGUCUGAUCUCUUCCUUUUCUCUGAUUGUUUGUCUUUUACUAUUAGUUUAUCAUACUUAAUAUAUCCCUUUCGCACCUGGUUGAUACGAUCGUGAGUUCCCACUUUGAAAAUUCGUAUUUUGGCGCGAAAUCUGUUUAUCCGGCUCAAACCGAGCUCGCUCGAUCGUGCGUUCAUCGAACAACCAAUAGAAACGCGCUGUGGUUCAAAUAGGAAUCAGUUGCGUCGUGGCAAACGUCAACAUGGCCGCGUUCCAUGACCCCGCGACCGGACGGCGAACGCAAUUAACAGAUGAUCUCGUCCUCGAACUGCUUCAAGAUGGAAAUUGUUCUGACCUGGACUUCGACGAAAAUGACGAAGAUUUUUUACCGGUAAAUGAUGAUCAGUCCUCGGAGACGCCGCCGCUACUGUCACUACAAUCAAAUGGUCAACAAAAUGAGUUGCCGUUAGAUGUUGCUGACGAAGAACCAGGGCCGUCAAGGAAAAGGAAACUCCAGGACUCUGGUAAGCGGCCGAAAAUUAAAGUCAAAAUGCCACAAAGGGCCAGAAUUUGAAAAAAUCUCCCUAUAUUGACAAACCACAUGAUUACGAUCAUUCGACGCCAGCCCCAGAACUUCGAUCUCCUACUGAAUACUUUUCAGAUUAUUUUGAUGAUGAUUUCUUUGAAAACACGGCCUUGUGUACUAACUUGUACUAUCUAAGAAAAACAGGGAAAGUAUUAAAUACAACAAAACAAGAAAUCAAAAAAAUUGUCGGUAUUCAUCUUGUAAUGGGCGACGUAAUAUAAAAAUAGAAAUGAUUGUAUCAGCUAUGACAAGAGAUAGAUGUAUGAUGCUGCGUAAUAAUCUACACGUCGUUGAUUCGGAUUACCCAAGUCUCUGACGUAGGAAAUCCACUCUGGAAGGUGCAACCCAUAAUCAAUGCUGUUCGAAACGGUUGCCACAAAUUAGAAAGGACUCCGAGAAGGUAUUCAGUGGAUGAACAGAUGAUACCAUUCACUGGCAAAUGCCACAUGAGGCAACUAGUUAAAAACAAGCCUCAACCAGUUGGCUUGAAAAAUUUUGUUGUUACAACCAGCGAGGGAUUGAUGGUAGACUUUGAAAUAUACUUUGGUAAUAAUCCAGCUUUAUUGCAUCCUCUCGGUCGUGGUCCUGGUGUAGUUCUCCGCCUAAGUCAAAGUAUUCCUCCUGGAAGCUGUAUCUUCUUUGAUCGGCUUUUUACAACUAUCCCUUUGUUGGAAGAAUUAAAAAACCGUGGUUAUCAUGGCACAGGGACGAUAAUGGCUAACCGGGUCCCUAAUCGUCAACAGCUCAGCUUCAAAGAAGACAAAAAGAUGUCUCGGGGCGAGGUGGACCAAAGAAUCUCGGAUGAUAUAGUUUUGGUCAAGUGGAAAGACAGUAAGGCUGUUUUGGUGGCAUCAAACUGUACUGGUGGCACGGGAAUUGACAAAGUACAGCGCUACGAAAAAAAGGAAAAGCACUACGUAGAUGUUGAUGCUCCGAAGAUUGUGACAUCUUACAAUGCAUUUAUGGGCGGAGUGGACGUUUUGGACCAAUCCAUGGAAUACUACAGAACAUUUAUGAUGACCCGCAAGUGGACAUUAAAAGUCAUACUUCACUUCAUCGAUUUGGCCAUUGUGAACUCUUGGCGACAGUACAGAAAUGAAAUGCUGGCAAAUAAUACUCCAAAAUCAUUCAGAUUCGAAGUGGCAGAAACUGUACUUAACACUCCCAGCAGAGAACGCCACGAAUCGUCUCCCGAAGUAGAACCACAAGAACAGCCUUUAGUCAGAUACAGGCCAGCUAAUGAUCCGUCGGUAGGGAAGAGAUAUGAUGGGUUUGACCAUUUUCCUAUAUUUGAUGACCUAAAAGCUCCACGAACCUGUCGUUUAGAGAAAUGUAAAUCUCGUUCAAAACUUCGAUGUAGGAAAUGCGAUAUCUAUUUGUGCCUGAAUCGAGACAAAGACUGCUUUUAUAUUUAUUACAACAAGUAAUGAUUAAUUGUAUGUUACAGCUUGUUGAAUUAAUGUUCCUUAACUUUGGAACAAGAGACUUGUUAAGUUUUUAUGAGAGACUGAUUUACGUUAACUAAGUAUUAUUAUAUUUAAUUUUCUUUUAUAAAACCAUGAACAGAAGAGUUCUUCGUUAUUUUAUGUUUUGUUUUGGUUAAAAAGACAUAUUAGUUAAUUGUUAAGUACAAUAAAUAGUUGAUUUUGAUUUGAAAUGUGUUGCUUUUACUCGCUUGCCCGCCCGGCCUUCGACCUGCGCGCUACUUUGCCCCGUUUGCCGACCGCCGUGAAUCAACUUUGCCCGUUCGUUUUCGCUACUUAGCGCGGUGCCGUGCGGCGUGGCUUGAGUUCGACGAAACCAUUCAUUGUGACUCA